AUGGGUAGUGAAACAAAUGUUAUUUUUGUCAUAAACGUGGAGGAAUCCAUUAUCCGUGAUCUGCUGUUUGCCGACGACUGUGCCAUCAAUGCAACAAUAGAGCCAGACAUGCAGCACACUGUCAACCAAUUAUCCAGGGUCCGUAGGUGUUCAGCGGAAACGCUUCAAAGACUGAAAGCAUCCCUGAAGUUCCUUGGAUUUGACACAGACACAUGGGAGGAAUUGGCGAAGGGCCGUACAGCAUGGACAACAGCAAUAUCAACAGGAGCCAGAAACGCUGAGUCAACACGGUUGGAGGAGUGCAAGAGGAGACGUACGCUUUGCAAGAUGAGGUCAACGAGAACCUCAACUACAGACACUGAACACAGGGAUGAAUUCCUCUCAUAUUUAUCAAGCUAUAUGCCAGUUAAGUCUCUACCGAAUCAUGAGGAUGGUAGGCCGGCAGUGGUUACGUCUGAACUCACAAUUGAAAGUUUCGAUUCUAUCAAUGAAAAUGACAUGGAUAUUUCCUUAACAUUCCUCUUGAGGUUUAGUUAUAACAUUGAAUUCUUAGGCAAGUUUGAUGUCAAAGACGUAGACAGAGUUGUUCUUGAUAACGAAUUGGUUGAUCGGUUUUGGACUCCUGAACUAUAUUUCCUUAACGAAAAGCGAGUGUAUGUCCACAAAACAUUUUUGCCAAAUAAGAAGUAUACACUUUAUAUUGGAGGAAAUGUGACAUACUCGUCAAGAUUUUCGUUGACGGCGAGCUGUCCCAUGGAUUUUUAUGCUUACCCGUUUGACAAGCAGACUUGCAUGAUUGCAAUAGAGAGCUUUUUACAUGAUGAACAGACCAUUGUUUUGAAAUGGAAGGAAAACAAUCCAGUAGUAUUGAAAGGGAACAGUUUUAGAUCAUUGCCUAAUUUCGAUCUUUUUAAAAUAGAAACGAAUACAAUCACUGCAAAAGAUAAGGACGGUAAUUUCAGCCGUGCUAGCAUGGAACUACAUUUCGUGAGAAAUAUGGGAUAUUACCUAACGCAGAUGUAUAUCCCUUGCGUCAUUUCCGUGAUUAUAUCAUGGAUAUCUUUCUGGAUAGACGUCAAUGCUGCCUCGGAGAGAUUAGGUCUGGGUAUUGUGACAGUUCUCACUAUGGUAACGCACAAUGCUGAUGUGAAUUCGCAACUGCCUAAGGUGUCUUAUACAAAAGCUAUAGACGUUUACAUGUCCACUUGCCUGGUCCUUGUCUUCUUAGCGCUGUUACAAGAAAUGCUGAAGAAAAAGGAUAUGAUAUGCAAAUUAACAGGGGAUGCCACAGUGUCGCCAUGA